AUGGCAAAAUUGCAGAUGGCUUCUUCAAAUCAGGGCUCGGAAGGAGAAUGUAAUGGCCAGAAGAAUGCCCAAAGCAGCAGCAAUCUGAUGGAUAUUGAAAAGAUCAAACAAGAUUUGAAAGGGUUCAGGGCAGACCCAACUUAUGUGCGAAAAAGGACGACACCUCUUGGCAAGCUAUUUGAUAAGGUGAGCGACUUCGUUGGCACGCAUGAGAGUCAAAAUACGAUUGACGACAUGUAUGCAAAGCUAAAUGUUGAGAAGCAUACUGACAACAAGCUCAGGAGGCGGGAACUAGUCAUCCACCAGCUCUUGGAAUUUUUGCUCCAAAUUCAUAGCCUUGUCCCACGCAACAACCAGACAGAUAUAAUAGCCAUUCCGUUAUACGAUAUGAAGAUUGUCAGCAAAGUGGUAAACAUUAUUGUGAUAGAGGGUGUGUAUACUUGUUUACCACCCGGAAUAGGUUUACCUUUAGUAAAGCGCAGACUAAAGAAUUUCAAGAUUCCCCUGAAAGUGGUCAAGGUACCUUAUCCGCAAGGUAAACCCAUCCUAGAAGACAUUGUUAACACAUUCACAGAAAUUUAUAAAACAGAUAGCGACCUGAAAAAUCUUUUGCUUGUCGGCACAGGAUAUACAGAUGCGUUGACUUGUUGCAUCGUUUUAGCUAAGUCAGAGCCAAGUUAUCAAUCAAAAUUCAAGUUCUUGGAGUCUAUUUCGUCAACGUAUCAGUUAUUUUCACUCUACGGUACUCUUAUAUCACAACCAUUAGAACCAUGGUUCAAAAAUUUCGUUAUCGAUCGUUUGGCAGACCUUGUCGUUGAGAGGGCGCACAAUGGGGUCCAGUCUUUGAUCGAGGUCAUAAUGGGUUUAAGGGAAAACGAGACUAUUGAUGUUGCCAAGAUUGAUGAAGUGCUCAGAGUACUGCUUAGCACAAAGCCAUCAAGAUUGACUAAAAUCGAAUAUCUUCAGAAUAUCGGAAACCAACUAUUCAACAUUUUAGUUCAUGUGAACUGGCCAGUUAUGGUGUCUAUUGUGACUCAGCUUCUGGAACAGCUCUAUGCCAAGAAUCCCCUUAUCGUGCGCGAUUUCGUUUUCAAACGGAUAUGGAACAUCUUCAACCCCGAUACAAGGGAGUUUUCAAAUGACGAUGAGAAUAUAAUGCUCACAAGUGAGGUGGAGCUCAACAAUGCUUUCAAUGUAGUACUUUCCAUCACGAGAACAUCUGGCAACGAGGACUUUGUGAAAACAAUGUUCGAGCCAAUAACUGUGCCGUUCUGGUCAUAUUUGCUUUACCAACGCAAAAAUUCUAAAGACUACAGUUUGAUUGAGAAAGUUUUUGUAUCCGUACUGGCAAGGCCAGACGAGAACUACACAAUUCUCAAUAUCCUUCUGAAUAAUUUGAUGGCAAUUAAUGGGAGCUCGUGGGAAUUUGGCUCGGGAGAAAAUGGAUUAACAUAUAUCAAAGAGAAAUUCGCAACUAAAACUCAUUUCGAUAUACUCGACAGUGUGGAUUUUGUGACAACAUCUUUUGGGGAACUGGUGAAGAAACUGAGUGCCAUCGACGAACAUCAGGUGCAAUAUGUGUUUCUGGCAUGCCUAAAAGCCUGGUUGAAUGCCGACGAAAGGUUUUUAACCAAAGAUGAUGAGAAUCCAUUUUUUGGGCUGACAAACCUCAAGUUGAUUGAAUAUUUGAGCGACAAUUUCAAAGACAGCUUGACUAAAUCGGUUGAUAGCACUCUGGAAUUAUUGUACUCGGUUAUAAAAGAUGAAAAGAAAAUUCACUCAGAGACUUUGAAUCUCGUUGAUGAAAAGGAGGAUUCGGAUGACGAAGAAAACGACAACAACGCAAACCUCAAAAUUGUUUUUGAAAUACUAUCCACCAUCAUCAGCGACUCUAAACUCUCGUCAAAAUCUUUGAAAACUUUAUCAAACAUACAAUCAGCGCUACAAACUGUCAAUCCAGACUUAGCCCAACGCUUGAGCACCAUUAUGUCGCAAAUUGAUACAAAAGAGGCGGAAACUGUUACGAAAGAAGAACAAGAUAUAGUAAUCAGACAAAAAGCAUUGAAGAACCUUGCAGACAAUUCCCCUCCUAUCAGAGUCCAUGGGCUUCAACUUCUCAGAAAACUGGUGGUAUCUCAAACACCGGCGAUAUCUUUGGCGUUUGUUAUCAAUCAACACAUGUUGCAACUCAAAGAUCCCGAACCUUUUGUUUAUUUGAACGCCAUUCGAGGACUAGAGGAACUAUUAAGAUUCGACCAAAAUUUGAUUGGCAACUAUCUCAAUAUUUACUCCAAUCCCAAGAUAAAUAUAGAUGAACGACUGAAAGUUGGUGAGGUGAUCCUCCGAUACAUCAACUUUUCUGGAAAUGCUUCUAAGAAUGCUGGUCCGAUAAUUGGAACGACCUUGGCCAUCGUGAGGAAAGAUUCGAACAAUGAAGUCACGAUGAAAAUGUCUGCAGUGUCGUUGCUUGGGUCAUUGUGCAAAAAGAAUCCUCUUGCUAUUCUAAACCAUAUGGAAGACAUUAUGGAUUGCGUGUUUGGUAUUUUACAAUUAGAGACCAACACAGAUUAUGCUGUGCUAAGGAGAUCUGCUAUCGUGCUCGUUAGUGACAUUCUCUCGACCAAUGAUGGACUACAACUCUUGGGAAAGUAUGGAGAUAAACUCGAUACAACACUUAAAUAUAUAGCGGAAACGGACAAUGACUACCUAGCUAGAGAACAAGCGUUGUCGGUGCUCUCACUCGUUGAUGACAAAUUUGCACAGACAUUCCGCGAGACCGUCAAAAUCCAUUAG